UCUGUGAUUAAUCACAGAUUGUUUAAUCACAAUGGAAGCUCACAGAUAUCUCCUUACAACCAGUGUUUAUUGUUUAAAAAACAUAGAAAUUAUAUAUGUCUCUCAAAAAAGGUGGUAGGGGUCCAUUCAUCAUCAUGCCCCCUCAGAACAGUAAAUGUCAAUAUUAUGUAUCCUUUUCUGUGUCUGUGUACAGUUCACAAUAGCAGUAUGCCAAAUGUAUUUUUUUAUUUCAAAUAUUUAUCACAAUGGCUUAAUGAUUUGCUGUUAAGCUGUGUAUAUAUAUGAUUAGCUUUACAUUUUGAUAUCCUGUGUGUUUUAGAGGAUGCAAGUCAAAUGCUAAUAAACAAGGAAAUGGCACUCCAUUGGUUUUUUUGAAUUUUGUGGGGGUUUUUUCUGAUGAAGUAGGACUUUUCUUCACAUGUUUAUUGGCCACUGGCUUACUAUGUUUUGUGAAACCCUUUCAUAUCUUUCUUUUUUUUUUCCCUUAAAUCCUUUUAUUGUUACAUUUUAGGUAUACAAAACGUUUACAUUUAUCAUUGGGUGCUUGUACUGAACCUUGGUUUUAUUGUUUGCAAAUAGCUAUGUAAAUAGGUAUGCUUCUGGAAUAUUCCAAAUUCAGUUCGAUUGUCUUUUAAGGGCCUGACCAAGUUUAGUAAGCCCCAAACUUGAUUCCCCCAAAUCAGCAAUUCAUACAGAAAUUAAUAAAGUAGAAUUUUUAAAAAGUAAGACAUGGUUGGGGUGUAGCUCAGUGUUAGAACAUGUAACCAGUAGGUACAAGGAUCUGGGUCAUUGAUCCCCAGUGUCAAGGGAGAAAAAAAAGAUACCACCACAAAGUAUAUCACCAUUUUACUGUUUAUGUUGGAUUUAAAAUGUACAGUUUGAUAAUAUUUAGAUUUCUUCAGUUGUGUAACCAUUACUAUAAUUUUAGAAUGCUUUCAUUAUCCACCAUGCUCAUUUAUAGUUAAUCCCUGUUCCUUCCCUGGGCAAUCACAGAUGUACUUUCUGUGCCUGGAUUUGCCUUUUUUGUGUCUUGUUAACUUACAUAGCUAGCUCAGUAUUUUGUGUCUAGUAGGUUGGCAGAUAGUACUUUCUGAAUUAAAUUUGAGUGUUCAUUCAACAAAGAUGAGUGAGAGUGAUAAAGAUGGGUAAGAAAUGUUCUAUGGAGUAGUCAUUUACAGAUUAGUGUGGAAUAUAUACAUAUUUAUUGUAACCCUACUACAGCAUGCAAAGUUGUAUUGCUAAAUUUUGAAACUUUUUUUUUUUUUGGUACUGGGGAUUGAACUCAGGUCCUUGCGCUUGCGAGGCAGGCGAUGGAACCACUGAGCUAAAUCCUGGCCCUAUUGCUAAAUUUUGUGUGAACUUUAGGUACAGGAUGCAUAUGGACAUAGAGGUAGAUACCAUUGAGAAAUACAGACAUUCCUUACUUAGCCUAAUCCCUGUCUCACAGCUAGGUCAUUAAUUGAAAUGCACUAAAUGAGGAAUUAUAUGUAGUAUGUACAUUACAAUAUUCAGAACAAAGGCAUAAUCAAAGGAAACUUCAACUUGAUGACUUUGCUUUUAUUUGGAUAAUUCUUAAUACAGUGCUGUAGUGUGUAAUAGAACAUAAAACUACAGUAUUGUACAAUACAAUCAGCAGAAAUUACAGUAUUAUAUAAACAAGGUAUAUUGUAUCCAAAAAAAGACAUUGAGACUCUGUAAAUGAGAUGUUCAGAACUGUCCAAAAAAUAAAGACAGGUUGUAAGUCUGAACAGCAUGCAUCGGUCCUAAGUCUGAACAGUUGUUCAACAGGUAGAUCAUUAAACAAAGAUAUCUGCAGUUGUGUCUACAGAAAAAAAUGCCCUUCUUUUUUUUCCCUAGUACAGAGGGAUAUUUUAAAUGUUCUAACCUUGAAAUAAGGAUUUCAAAGCAUUUGUACAAAUACAUUUAAAGUAGUAAAUUUGCAUUAAAUUUCCCUGCAUGUAUAGACAGGAAAAAUGAUGAAACUCUGGAGUCCACCAGUAUUUCAGAAACUAGAAGGAAACUAGAAAGGGGAGAGAGAGGUCAGCAAAACGAGAAAAAAACCAGAGAACAGUGUUGCCUGAAGUGGGGGAAGAGAGUGGCCACCUGAAAUGAAGUGAAAUAAUGACCAGCUGUCUUGAGAGAUUUCAAACAAAUUGGUUGAUCAUUUAUGAUCUUAGCAAGAGUAGUUCCAAGAGGUUACUUAGUGAAAGCCAGAUUUUAUAGUCCUGCAUAGAUUCAGGAGCGGUAGAUACUGUAGACAAUAACAUUGUAUCAAAGAUCCUGACUUUAACAGUAAGAAGAGGGAUAGGGAGGAUAGGAGAGGGAAUCAAGAGGGCCUUGGGUGUGUUUGAGAUAAAGUUUAAAUCAUACUGCACAUUUUUGCAACCAAAUUGUCUGAUUCUCCUUGAACUGCUUUAACCUUAGAGUCAUUUUCUGUUCCAACAAACCUGUUGCAUUUUGUCAUAAGUGAGCAGCAAAUUUGAGAAAGGAACAUGUGUGGUAAUGUUUAAUGGAAAAGUAAUAUUAGCUAAAAAUAUUUAUGUUAAAUUACUUCUUGGAGGACCGGGGAUUUAGCUCAGUGGUUCUGCUGCCUGCCUCGCAAGUGCAAGGACUCGAGUUUGAUCCCUGGUACCAAAAACAAACAAACAAAUAAAAAAUUACUUUUGGGGAAAAUAUGCUUCAUCAUGCCACAUGUUUUCCAAUCAUAACAUGAAACUUGAAAGCUUAAUUUGGAAACCUAACUCUUCUAUAUGCCUAUCUCACUAUAGAUACUUCAUGGUCUGUCUCAGAAUAAUCUUUUAAAACUCCUUUACAGACAGAUCAGAAAACUUCAGUCCUUCCAUUCAUUCAUUAAAUUUUGAAAAAAACUACCUUUUGAUCAUGUAGUUUUUCAAUGAAUAUUAACUAGAACUUCAAAUUAGUUACUAUAGGUCUACAUCUUGAAUAGGAGUAGGCUACCAGUUGGAAAGCUUGAAUUUCCAUGAAAAUGGCCAAAUACACAAAUAACGUCUUCCUGCUUUUAGUAAGUUAAUUGAUCUCUUAUAGGUCAAACUUCCAAGCAGUGCAUAGUGCUUUUGAGAGUCUUCUACUAUGAGAUGUACAAUGAAUGUACAGUAUUUUGUUUCUUUUCUUUUGCCCUUUUUUCUUAAUUAUAAUUUUCACACAUCUGCAGAGUAGAGAGAAUAAUAUAAUAUUCCCUUUGUGAAUAGUUUGUCAUCCUUGUGUUAGGCUGCUCAUUUCGUUUCUCCACUCUACACAAAAUUGUUUAGAAUUUUAUGUAUGUAUAUAUUUACCUUAUUUCCUGAAGGUUGUUUUUUGUUUUUGUUUUUUUGGUACCGAGGAUGGAACUUGGGACCUUGCUCUUGUGAGGCACGUGGUGGCACCACUGAGCUAAAUCCCCGGCCUUCCUGAAGUAUUUUUAAACAAAUCCCAGUCAGUUUGUCAUUUCACCAUAAAUACUUAAAAAUGUGUCUAUAACACCAUCCAUUUUCAUGCCUGAUAUAAUUAUAUUAUUCUUUUAUACUCACGGGCAUUAUUUUUUGAAGCUAGAAAAUUAGGUAAAACAAUGACUAGGUAUAAAUAUUAAAGAACAAAUUUCUAAUAUUGUUUUCCUUUUUAGGAAUUUGGAAACUAACUUCUUUGCCACGGUCCCAUGAAAUAUAAUUCAGGAAAUACUAAUCACUAUAGAAAAAUCAGAAGUGUGAAAAUCUUUAAGCUGAGACAGCUUUAGUUGGUUUUUAAAAUUGAGUUUAUGAAAAAAUAAUAGGUAGCUUAUCUUUUUGCUGUUCUGAACCUUUGGAUUCCAGGUACUGUUUGGAUUUCAGCACAUGGAGUGUGGUGGUUGUCAGGCAGGGCAUUCUUGUCAUUUGGAUUUGGAUUUGAGUGGCAGGAACAUGUGACUGCUGUGCAGAGUUAUUUUUGGUGUGUGGGUGUUGGCUUCUUUGCAGAAACCAUAGUUAAGUUAGUGUGAGAUGCAUUUGUAGAGGCUCAGAAAAGGACAAGCAUUGUAAAGUGAGUUUUUGAACUUUCAAACAUGGGUUGUUGCUUCGGCAAGGAAUUAAGUGUUGACAAUGACAACGAGAAAAUUGGUCUGUUACAAAAUUCUGUGGAGAAGAAGGAACCGAAGAACAAGAUAAGUAAAACUUUAUCUUCAUUAUUUGAUACCCUUGAAGGUGAUGAGCUUUACAAUGUUGAAAAUGGAGCCAGCAGACCAGCUGCUGGCAUUAAGAAGUGGACUAGAACUUUUAUAGGGUAUGGCCACAAACAAGAUCAUAGAACAAAGCAGUCAAUGAACUCUAUUUCCUCUUCGAUAUAUAAGUUCUUAACUAGGUAUAAAAAUUUAGAUGAGAAUGAUAAGAGCUCAAAUAUUGUUAUUGAGCAAAAUGCUGAGAGUGUCUGUGACUCAUUGUCCAUGAGUAAUGACAGACAAGGUUGUUCCAUAGAUGACCAGCCUCACUCACAUGUGCAGGUGCCUUCUGACCAAGGCCUGCAAGAGGAAGCUUUUGUAAGUGACCCUCUGUGCUGUUACCUGGCCACUUGUAAAAAAUCUUUAGUAGAGAAAGAAAGAAUACUAAAUGUUAAAAUCAGUAAUUUCAGUGAGAGUAAUUCUUUAUAUAUGUUGAAUAGGGAGAUGCAAGAUGGAAACCUUGCUUGUAUUGGUGACAAACAAUGUAAAAAUUCAAGAGAGAGCAAGUUUUAUAGUAUUUGUGUUAUAGAUCCUGACUGUCUGAAUAUGGAAGAGGAAUUGUGCACUCCCACGUAUGCAACAGCUGCAAGAGAAGAAGAAUGUCAUUCAGCUGUUACCUCUGAGGGGAUUCACAGAGUGAAUUGGCCUCUAGUUAACAGGAAAGAAUGUUCAGUCUUGUAUGCUGAACAAGGGGCUGGAGAAUUAAAACUGCAGCAGGAAGAUCUGUCACCCCAGGGUAUGCAGAGCCCAAAUGAAGGGAAAGAUGUAUUUAAUGAAGAAACUAAGCCUAGUUUUGAGCUUUUGGUAGACAGUGAUCCAUCUUGUGAAGCAAAUAUUGGUAACCUGAAGGCUGAGACUUUGAAGGCAGAACCUUACGCCAUAUUUCCUAAAGAUUACACAGAAAGUAGUACAUUACAUAAUAUUGGCCUACUCCCUGAAUUAAAUAUUAACAUAGACAAUGACUCACUAAAAUGCAUGUGCACCAUCCCCAAAGAGAGAGAGAGCCAUAUUUCAGAAAUAGGAGGUCAGAUGGAUGACUCAUCUGUUAAUUUAUUUAAUGACACUGCAUAUGUUAAAGAGAAUGAUGAACCUGAGGCUGUAACAAUUAGUGUCAAUCAAAGUUUAAACUCUAAAAAGGAAGCAGGAAAUAACUCUGUAAAUCCACUGAAAGACAAAAGUUAUUUCCAUGUCAGUGUUGGCUGCUCAGAUAGUAUCCUUUCCUUUGGUCUAGAUAGAACUAAUUUAAAUCCCGAAAGGUUUAUCACUUCAGAGAGCUUUGGAAAUGAGUGUCUCUCAGCUCAUGCUAAUUUAAGAGAAGGGACCCCCAGAAGACUUGAUGGCAGCCUUGAUCUCAUGCCCUUCUCAGGACUCAUGGUGAGGAAGGAGCAGUACCAAGGGGAGAGUACCAGAAGUCCCCAGCUGGAAAACAGAGAAAAGCUGUCAUUGAGAUCUGAAAAUAGCUUUUCUUAUGACGAUGAGGAUAAAGUUAGUGAUUUGGAGCCUGAAGGUCAUGGUAGAAGGGCUUCUGAGUUGAAAUCUUGGUGUCCAUCAGAUCUAUGUGCAGGUAGCAGAAUAGACAAGGCUCAGAUACAGACAUGUGAUUUAACUCACGUGGAGUGUGAAUCGGACACAGAGGGGACAAUCCAAGGGGUAGACAUUCCAAAACUUGGAAUUUCACAAAGAGUGCCUCCAAAUAAUGAGUCUCAUGAUCACUCCAGAUCUCUUCAGGGUAUCUUUAUGUCUUCUGCAUUUAUUUUCACUUGUACUGACAAAGAAGAAAGGGAAGCAGGCCUGCAUGAUAAAACGGAAGAUGAAAUAUAUGGGAAGAGUUCAGUCAGUGUAUUACAUGACCAACGGAGUGGUCCUCACAGAUUAGAAAAUGCUGAGCAAGAAUCACAGAAUGCUAAUUAUAGAGAGAGAAGUAAAGAACAUAUAGAAAAUGUCAAGUCAGAUUCUAAAACAAUCUUUGACUGGGAAACAGAUGAACUAAAAUGCAAGGCAAUGCCUGGUGAAGAUGCACUAACUUGUAUUAGUUCUAGUACAAUAAAAAAUCGUGAUUCUGAAAUUAAUCAAAUACGAAAACAUUUUGAAACCCAUAGAGUGAAUGACUACAAAGAUAAAGAUCUUAAUAUUGUGCCACCUUUAAGUCAAAGUUCAAAUUUAGUUAUACAGAAGCCAGAAGUUGUAGAAAAGAACUCUAUUAAUACUGAUGAAAGCUCAAAACCGAAGCAAAUUUGCUGUGACUCAACUAAAGAAGUUUUUGAUUCCUUUGCUGACAAUGGAUCAGAGUUGAGUAAGUCAAAAGUAACAUGUAAAAAAGAGAAAGAGAGACUUUAUUUGGAGAAAGACAAUAUUGAUAUUGACUGCUUAGAUCCAUGUGGGACAAAUGGACUUGCAUACCAUUGCACAGAAAGAAAUGUCAAGUCCACAGCUAAAGAAUGUACUUUAAAUAGUAAAAUACAUUUUAUGGGAAUUGGUGUUGAUCCCACCCAAGUGAAUGGAAACACAACUAUCCCUUUCAACACACAUCAAGUAAUUCCUGUCAUUCCAGUUGACAGCAAAGAAAUUGUAGUACCAAGACAUGACCAUGUUUUAUCACUCACAGAUCUCUUAAAUAUUUCUAAAAAUUCUCCAAAAGUGGAUUGGCAGAGUUUCCCAGAGGAAUACUACUCCCAUUUUUUGAAUGAAUUCUCUUAUUACCCGAUGGGAGGGUUGACAAGACAGAUAUUUUCUGAAAGACUGGCAAAUGGAUGUGGUGGAUAUCAAGCAGGCUAUCUAUGGACUAAUACAGUCACAAAAGAUGCAAUAGAAGAUGAACAGAUAUUUAGUGAGGGUCCACACAAUAAGCCACAGGACUUAGACAAUGCUUCAUUUUCAUUGGAACACCCCCCUUACCAGCUACCACUGAAAGAGCACGGUGUUGUUUGGGGUUUGCAAAGUAGAGGUGAACAGUUAUCAGAAUCACCAUGGAGCUCUUUCUCAGGUCCCUGUGAUGAGCUGGUCCUACUGAUUGGGAAGAACCUUUGCAGAUGAUUCUGGGGCACCUAAAUUGAGCAUCUUUUCAAUAAAUUGUAUAAUAAAGGCAAACAUUAUUCAACAACCAGAAACUAAUAUUGCUUAUAAAACACACAUAUGGAACCGGUGUUGUUGAGGGAUUGUUUCCAAGAGCCCCAAAGAUACCAAAAUUCAUGGAUGAUCAAGUUCCAUUGUAAAAUGGCGUACUAUUUGCACAUAAUCUACAUAAUCCUCCCAUGAAAUCAUCUCUAAAUUACUUGUAAUAUCUAAUACAUUUAAAUGCCAUGGAAGUAGUUAUACCGUAUUACUUGAGGAAAUAAUAAAAAAGUUUGUACAUGUUUACUACAUAUCCAGUUUUUUUAAAGCAGUUCUGUUUUUUUUUUUUUGGAGCCAGGGAUCAAAAAAAGAAGUAUUUUUGAUUCAUGUGGAAUCCAUGAAUACAGAAGGCCAACUGCACUUGGAAUAGCAAAAUUAGUUCAUAACUUAAUGAUUUUUUGGCAUUAGUCAAGAAAAACUUGAUAUUAAAGAGAUAACUUCAAAUAUUCAUAUCUAUACUAUGGGAAUAAACAGUAGAAAUCCCAUAACAUAAUUUAAGGAAUUAUACAUUUUUCUUUACACAGAAUCCACACUCAUAUCUGAAAGUGUUGCCAAAGUUACCUGCAAGUUCAUCAGUUUUUCUCGUUUAAAUAGUUAUAGAGGAAACACUAUAAAAUUAAAAUACAUAUAUUGGAUCUUUCAUCUAAACGUGUGUAGUUACAGUUCACUAACUGCUUGCUGCUUGGUACAUCCAUGGAGAGUGCAAAUAAUUUUCUGUCUUUGGCUUUGAGCAAGAUAUGUGGUUUCAGUUUUAAAUUAACUUUUCAAUUAUGAGUUGUGUCUGAACAUUUCUAAUUUGAGGCAUUACCAUUUUUAAUGGUGUAGUCUUGCCUUCACAACUGUUUUCAAAAGUAUUGUUACCUAUUUAUAUAGCAGCUCUCUCCCUAUUUUACAAAUAAAGAAUUGGAGGUUGACAUCUGCAUGGCUGUGAAGUCAGUGAAUUGCUUUGAAUUAUUAAAUUUUUUAGUGCAACUCCAGGAAUAAUUGUAUGGGCUUACUUGGAGCGUUUCUUUCCUUUAUUAUCUCGCCUAUUUUUCUUUCUCUACCUACUUGUUCCUGCUCUGUGAUAAUACUCUAAUUUAUUAGAUGGAGCAUUUUGUUUCAUGAACAUGAAAUACAUAUUUAUGAAUUAAUACUAUUUUUAAUGGACUGUAUUUUGUGAGGUGGGUGGAAGAGUUUCUUUAGGGUAUCAGAACUUAGUGCUUCACGUUCAAAGAGAAGUAACAUUGGUUAUUUAUGUGAAAUCACUUCAGAAUGUGGCUUCUGAUUUUAAUAACCAUUGCUUACCCAUAAAUUUUUAGUGCAAGAUAAGACAUAGCCACACACGUGAAAGUAAAGACUUCCUGGUAAUCAUUUGGAGUUCUAUAUAACUACAGUUGAAUAACUUUUUUUCAAAAAUAAGUUUGCAUUUUAUUCUUGGAAUUAUUUCUAGACUCUUUCAGCUUAUAUCAUUUUCUCCCAGCUUUAGUGUUCUUCAUGAAUUUUUAGUAUCUCCUGAGCCAUAAUUUGCUUUUAUUUUUUUCUCUUUUUAAAAAAUUUUAGUUCAUUAGUACAUGUGUGUAGUACAUUCCUACAUGUUUACAUUCCUUGUGGAAAGUUGGUACAUGUACAUAACACAUCCCAGUUGUUUUUUUACAUCCUUUAUCUCUUCUUUCCCCCUACCCUCCCUUCAUCCAUCUCUUGAUCCCCAUCCCCUUUGAGAACAAAAUGUGUAAUUUAAAGAAAUGCUAGUUGUUUUAGAUCUUCAUAUAGUAAAAACUGUUUGUCAUGUGAACUAUGAGAAGUUAAUGAAUUCUGAUGAAACUGUUGUUUCUGCUGAUAUUAGGACACAGUUUUCUAAUUACCAUCUUUUUUAUGGGUAAGUUUUUAAACUUUUUUUGCCUUGGAUUUCUUAUUUUUGACAUGGGGGCAAGUAAUAACUACUUCCUAGGCUUGUUCUGAUUCAGUAUAGAUAAGUGUGUAGAAUAAACUCUUGAAUGUUAGUUGCCAUGUCUUUAAGUCUAAAUUAAAAGUUUCAGUGGUUUGGGCUGAGCGAGGUGGCACAUGUCUAUAAUCCCAGCACUUAAGAGACUGAGGCAGGUGGAGAGCCAUGAGUUUGAAGCCAGUCUGGGCUACAUAGUUAGUUCAAGGCUAGGCUGAACUACAAAGUGAGAACUUGUCAGAAAAAGAAACCAAAAACAAGCCAAAAAAGUCUCAGUGUUUUCACCCCUUCUUUCAUCUCUUCUGCACAACAUUUUUGGAAUACUGGUUAACUCCCUAACAUUGUGCUAAGUUCCUGAUACUUAAUUUGGACUUGUUUACCCCUUAAAAGCUAAUAAUUUCUUAAGGAUAGGGUCCCAUUCAUUUGUGGCAUAAAACCUUGCACAAGUUGUCAUAUAGUAGAAAAUACAGUUUUCUGUAUUAUUACUUCAUUAAAUAUCAAAUUAUUCACCAUAUUUCCAGAGCACUUUCCUGUUAAGCGCUGCACUCUGCUAGUAUUAGUGACACAGUGGUGAGGAAAAUGUCUAUGGUGGCCACUACCCAAGAGUGUGUGAAUGACUCACCCACUGGCUAUGGGAGACCAGGCAUGUUGUGCCAUAACAGUUUUCAAAGUACUGGUUAUGGGACCGGGGAUUUAGCUCAGUGGUUCCGCCGCCUGCCUUGCAAGCACAAGGACCUGAGUUCGAUCCCCGGUACCAAAAAAAAAAAGUGCUGAUUACAGCCACUUUACAGCCAAGAUGAUGAAUGAUUUGUAUUAAUAAACCGCAAAACAUAUAUUGGUGGUGUGCAACAGUCUACUGCAAAAGAUGCUUAAAAUGAAAAAGAUUAAUGUUAGUGUUGGGAGUUUAAAGUGUGUAAGAUAUGCAGAAGCUAAGUCUGUUAAGUGGGUGCAAUUAAAGGAAUUAAACUGAGGUGUGAAGACUUGAUUGUGUGGUGUUUACUAAAAAGAGAACAGAUCCUAAUCAGAAAAGGUGAUUUUUCCAAAUAGAAUAGGGAAGAAGAUAGGAAAAUAAUUUAAAAACAAAACAGGUAAAGAAGAUAGAUAUGUUGAAGAGUGGUAUGUAUGAAACAGGGAGUGUCUUCUGUACCCCUCACCUAGCUCUGUGAGGAAAUGUCCAUUUUAUUCAUCAUUACAUCCAGAUUGCUAAACACAGUGCUUGGCAUAGACAUGCUAGUGAGCUUGUAGGACAUACAUGUUAGGUAGGUGGAUGGUAGAGAAGUGAGAAACUAACCCUGUGCAGAAGCCAAAGAUGGACUAAAAGUUUAAACUAAUGUAAGCAGGGAAAUUGAAGAAUCAGUGUUUCUUGAUUAUAAUAAUAUUCCUAAAGGAGGAGUACCCUGUUCUUUUCUCUGUUACCAGUACUUAAAUAAAAAGAAUUCCAGAUAAGUACUCAUUUAAGCAUUUGGUUUUGCGGGUGUGCCGUUUUAAUUAUUGCCCAGUGACUAGAAGAGCAGUAAAUAAGUUGCUUCCAAAGCAUGAAAAAAAAAAAA